AUGGGUAAGGGGAAAUCGAAGGACGGUGGUAAUGAAGUGAGAACUGGUUGGAAAGAACCAGCGGAACUAAAAGAUUUUUGUGAUUUGUGUGCUACUCAAGUCCUAGACGGCAAGAGGAAUGGAGGAUUUUUUAGAAGGGAAGGGGUUGAUGCAAUGAUUGAGCAGUUGGGUGAAAUGGGAAAAGUGGUGACUCACACGCAGAAGCUUGAGGCCAGUGAUGAGUGGUGGACCCGAAAGCUUCAGGCAUGUCCAAAGGCAUUAACCUUUAAAAACAAACCUUUGCCGAAUGUUCAGUCCAUGGAAAUCAUAUUUGAAGGCAUGGUUGCAACGGGGAAAAAUGCAUUCUGCACGAGUGGUGAAAUACCAAAGGAAUGCACCAAAGGGUUUGGGGACUCCGCUGAUAGCAAAGAAUUUGUUGACCCUCAAUGUGAACCCUCUGUGAAUGUUGACCCAAUGGAGGUUGAAGGCCCAUCAUCAUCAUGGGCAAGAUCGACAAUGAAUAAGGGGAAAUGUUCUUUUAAUUUCCUGCAUCAAGUAUCAUGA